ACAGAUCAGGGUGUGACAAAUACAACCAACAGACGUUAUACAGGACAAGCCUACUGCUGCAUUGAUUAACAUAUGACAAGACACAGACACACUGUAUUUCCGUGCUUUCAAACACUCACACAGAAAGAGAGAGAUAAUUCAUUGGUGUUGUUUAUUAAUUAGGUUAAAAAAAUAUUCGAGAGGAAAAAUCCCGUUCGGAAAAUUUGCAAUCUGCUUUACUGUACCCUCCCUUACUGCACUUUCGGUUUCAAUUCAGGCAUUCUAGCCUACCCACCGAACCGCAAUGGCGUUGCUACAUGAAGAACUUCUUACAGAUAUAGGAAAAUGUCUCACAUGUUCAAUAUGCUUUGACAUUUUCACUGAUCCGGUGACUUUAACUUGUGGCCACAGUUAUUGUAUGAAAUGUUUAGAGGAUUAUCUACUUGGAAGAGCGAAGACGAGGAAGGAUUGUCCCGGUUGCAGAGGAAAAAUUCGAACAGGUGUUAAACUGAAUAAAAAUGUUCUACUUUGUAACAUCGUGAAUGUUCAUUACGAACAUAAACGUUUUGUAUCCACUGAAGAAUUUACAAAAGGACAUGACAUGGAAGUGGACUUCAAAGAGGAUAAAGCUGAAGAAUGUGUGGCCUCACACUCACAACAGACUGAUAUCAACAGAUCAUCUGAGCUGGGAAGUACUAUUCAACAACAACAGAUGGAGGCCCCUGUUGUUAUAAAUGACUCAAGCUCAGAAGUGACAGAUGACAGAUGUCCAGAUGUCCCAGCCUCCCAUGAUGGUCGGGUUCAGGAGUUGCCUAUCUCCCCUCCUUCAAAUGACAGACACCGGGCUGAAGCAGGCUUUGCCCCUCCACCCCAUCCCCUGCCUGGGGUCAGCUUCUCCUGGCUCACCUUCAACCCAGCCCUAGGCCACAGGAGCCUGACCUUCCUACCCAAUGAGCACAAAGUGGUGACCAAGAGGACGUCCUCCGCAUGCCAUGACGGCCGCUUUGACAUCAGCCAGUGGAUGGCAGAGCAGGAGUUCAGCGAAGGCUGCCACUAUUGGGACGUGGAUACGUCGGCGAGCGUGGGCUGGGCCGUCGGGGUUUCCUACCUCAGCAUCGGCCGCAGAGAUCAGCUGGGUCGCACAGCCAACUCCUGGUGCCUGGAGUGGAGCAGGAACAAGCUGUGCUACUGGCACGAUAACAUAGAGGAGUUUAUCAAACAUGGCUGCCCCAGUAUCGUUAGACUGGCUCUGGAUGUGACGAAUGGGACCUUGUCAUUUUAUAGCCUGUCUGACAGUCAGACUCUGCUGCAUUGUGUGGAGGAGGGAUUCACAGAGCCAGUGAGGCCAGUGUUCUGGCUGUUUGGGCUGAAGCUAAACAAUGCUCUGUCCUUUCCUCCUUGGGUGUCAUAAGGAUAUGUGAGGAGGGGGACAACAUCAAGAGUUGUCUGUUUAUGAGUGAGAUUAAUAAAAUAACAUAUUUAGUCAUUAAUAUAUUUAGCACAAUAUUCCUAUUAGAGGUCAAAAUAAAAUGACAAUCACCCAUAGUUUUAAUGUUGCUUUUUUAUUUCACCCAAAGAGUGUAUGACGUUUUGCGUUGUUAUAGUAGCUGUACAAUAUUUGUCUCCUCGCUCGCCUCGUUGGAGGCGGGUCGUAAUUUCAUGUUCAGGCUAGCUUGCGCGGUCAUAACAUUCAAGUUUGUGUGCAGACUAAUAAUAUAAAUGUCAACCUCAGCAGCUACGCUUUAUGUCUGAGAGGUUAACUCUUUCAAAGGACCCGUUUGGGUCCAGGGCAUUUACUAGGUUUAUGUUGGUGAAGCGCAACUGGGAAAAUGCAAACGUAAGCCAGGCCACAUAGCGGAACGCUGGCUGUAUUAAACCACACGAGAACAUAAAUGAUUUCAUGAACGCAUUUGCAGAUUUGGUCUUCAGCAGUGGUGAAGAUGCGGAAGGACGUCAGAAUAUUACUGGUGGGAGAGCGUUAGUGGAUUUGUUUUGGUCUACUCCGUAGUUCUGUUUUACUGUCAAGCUCGAACCUGCAUGCAUGACAGCCAGCUGGAGGAGCGAGUAAUGCUGAUAGGUUGGAAAGGACUCGGAGGAAUAACGUGAUCUAGCUAGCUGUGUUCCACUAGGUUCAUCCAGUUUUAUAGCUAACAUUACAUUACCACAUACACACACCAUGAUGUUAACUACACUACACACUACUCAGCUAGUAGUGUCAUAACAUGGCUAUCUAGCUAGUAUCCUUAACAAUUUGAUGUUUAGACCCAAGUGACAUUGGCUAUUUACCAUCUGCUGUGAGGUUGACAAAUAAGUCAUGUGGACAGGCAGUUUGUCAUAUCAAUGCAUGGUUUGCCUUUAUCUAAGCCGUUGAUAUCUAAGCAAUCUAGAAUCGGCUUCCUAUUUCGCAACAAAGCCUCCUUCACUCAUGCUGCCAAACAUACCCUCGUAAAACCGACUAUUCUACCGAUCCUUGACUUCGGCGAUGUCAUUUACAAAAUAG